CGCAACGGUUGCGAACAAUAUCCUACCAUCCGCGAAUUUAGCAAUAAACAAAACCCAACCAACCGAGCAGAGAGUGAAUGAAUUUAUUAUAAAAUUUCCGAAGGAAAAUAGCUGAAAAAAAAGAAGAGAAAUUAAUAGUGAUAAUUGAUCGGGGAAAUGUGCAAUAAUUAUGGGAGCUCGCCAAGGUCCCUUAUAUAAGCGAGAGCCCAUUGUCAAGGGCGCCAAGUGUUAUUUGCCACAUUGAGCCGUGGCCGUGGCCGUAACCGUGUCCGUGUAUCGCUUUCGUAUCGUAUCCGUAGCGCCUCGUUUUCGUCCUUGUCCUUGUGCAGGCCGAACAGCUGCUUGGGUCCUGUCCCCUCGUCCCGCGACCUCGUCUUCGUCCUUGUUCUUGAACCGUAGUCCUCCAAAAAUAUAUCUGCUGCUACUCCGCCCUGAAAACCGACCUUCCCGGGCGCCCAGCUGUUGCUACCAGCCACCCACUAGAACUCGACCCUCAGCUGUUGGCCAUUCGAUACAGGAAAAUAGAGGGAAGAGGAGGAGGAGCAGAAUGUGGCAAGAAAAAUUCAAGAAACUCGGAGCUAUCGCUAAAACAGCUGUGUGAUUCCGACGAAACUAUUCAAUUCGCCAUCCCGUCGAAAUGUGCUUCAAUAAGUUGUUCCUAAUAAACAAAUUCGCCCAGCGUUCGCCAGGCACAAAGGUCAAAAGUCAGCAGAGACAAGUGUAAGAGCCCAGGACAAACAAAAACCAAGCAAAUCAAAUUAUAAUCAAAGUGAAAAUUUCCAAUAAAUGAGCUUAAUGCAGUUAAUAACGUGUAAUUCGAAUAAAAGUGGCACAAGAAAAUCUAUCAAAGCUCACACAACGCUCCCCUGACAAAAAGAAAAUAUUGUUAAAUAACCAUAUAUUUUUCUAGAGGUGUUUAAAAAACAAAUAAGCAACUACUUCACGGAAGUGGAACCCCGCGAAUCUAAAUAAAAACAAAGUGAACUAAAAUUUCUGCUCAGGUUUUAAAGUGUAUAACAACAAAAAAAAAAGCAACUUAAGCGUUGUGUUUCAUGUGCAAAAUCUUAAGAAAUAUCUAUACAAAUAAAUUCAUAUAUUUUUGGAAUAAAGAUUACUAAAACAAAUCGUAAUAAUAAACCUUGUGAAUCGUGUAACUUGUAUAAUAUAUAACAUAGUAUAAGCAGUGAAUAUAUAACUAUAAAAUCAAUUUGUAACAAAUAAAGAUUAAACCUUAUAUACACAUCUAAUAACGAUCAUCAAAAAUAUAUUCUUAUACAUAUUAUUCAACGAUUUUAUUCAAUCAAUACAUCAAUCAAUUCAACAAUCAAUCGAGCGAUAUACUUUAAUUUGCAAAAAACUACUUCAAAGGAAUACCUACAAACAUACUCAGACGCUGCUGUGGAUCGGGAGAAGCAUAAAUCAGCAAACAAUAAACCAUCAAGUAUUAUUAGCAACUAAAACGAACUCAGACUAGGAAUCAGCCUCAGAACUCUCGGCACGAGAUCAUCCAACUUAACUCAACGCAACUCAGUCGAACUCAUCUCAUCGGAACGGAAGAAGCCUCAACCAGAAUACAACAGAUAAAGUUAUAUAUUUAGACGUACGGUUAUGAUCAAGCAACUGUGGGCAGGUAUAGGAACAACGCUAAGCUACACGUAAGGACUAAGGACAACAACAAACUCUCUAGGAUACAAUAGCAUACAACAAACAACAAACAAGAAACAAAAACAAAAAAAAAAACAGAAGAAAAGGUCACUUUUUCUUGCAACUCGAAAGGCUGACAUAAAUAAUUUUUGAUAAUCCAAAAGCAGAAGCGAACAAAAUACAAAUACCACAAACAGCAACAACAAAAAGCGUUAAGAGACUGAUUUUAAAACUAACGGAGAAAGGAGAACGGAGAAAGGAAAAAGGAUAAAGUAAAGGAUAGAAAGCAGCAGAAGUGAGGCAAAAGUGAUUCAGGAUCAAAUCCAACAAAAACAAAAACACAAGCAACAGAAGCAACUUUCCAUACAACAUAUAUAGAUUUUAUCUAAGACAGAUUGAUAUUUUUGAGCGAUUGUCCCUAUUUUGAUACAUCAUGUUGAAGAAACUCAAGUGCAUGGAGGCUGUUCAGGCAGCGGCGGCAGCAGCAUCCUCCGGAGGAUCGGGCAGUGGAUCAGGAGGCUCUACCCCGAAGCUGAUCAAGACCGAGCCCAUUGAUUUCGAGAUGCUGCACCUGGAGGAGAGCGAGAGGCAGCAGCGUGACCUUGAGCGGGAGCCCAGCAGCAGCAGCUUGACCCCCCAGCGGUACACCCACGUGCAGGUGCAGACCGUGCCGCCCCGCCAGCCCACGGGUCUGACCACGCCCGGUGGCACCCAGAAGGUCAUCCUGACGCCCCGCGUGGAGUACGUGCAGCAGCGGGCCACCAGUUCCACCAGCGGUGGCAUCAAGCACAUCUACGGCCAGCCGCAGGUGGGUGGCGCCUCGCGAUCCGCCCCACCGGAGGCCACCGCUCUGCUCACCACCGCCGCCGGUGCCCCGCAGAUCAUCAUCACCCGCACCCUCCCCUCCAGCCAGCACCUGUCGCGCCGCCACUCCGCCAGUCCCUCGUCGCUGCACCACUACCAGCUGCAACAGCAGCCGCCGCAGCGGCAGUCGCAGCAGUCGCCGCCCCCGCUGCACCACCAACAGCAGCAGCAGCAGCAGCAGCACGUCCGCGUCAUCCGCGAUGGCCGCCUGUAUGAUGAAACCACCGUGGUGGUGGCAGCCCGACGGCACUCGGUGUCGCCUCCACCGCUGCACCAUCACUCUAGGUCGGCGCCAGUCUCGCCGCAGCAGCAGCAGCAGUACAUCUCCAGCGGGGUGGCACCACCCACGGCAGCGGCUCGGAAGUUUGUGGUUAGCACCAGCACGCGACACGUGAACGUGAUUGCCGCGAACAGCUUCCAGCAGCAACAUGUGAUCGCCAGCGUUAGUUCGAGCAGUGGCGCCUCCUCCGUUGGGGCAUCGGGCUCCUCCGCUUCGCACAUCUUCCGCACGCCAGUGGUUUCAAGCAGCAGCAGCAGCAGCAGCAGUGGCAACUUGCACCACCACCAGCAGCAGCAACAGCUGCAGCAGCAGCAGCAACAGGCGAACCUGGGCAACUCGGUGAUGCGGCCCCCACCGCCACCGCCUCCGCCCAAGGUCAAACACGCCUCCAGCUCAAACAACUCCGGCUUGAGCAGCAGCAGCAGCGGCAACAACAACAACAACAGCAACGGCGAGGAGCCGUCUAGCUCGAUUCCAGAUCUAGGUAAGUCAAUUGCGAUCGAUCAAUCACGCUUCUAAUCCCUUCAUUCUUUCCACGUAAGUUGUGCAAAUUAGCUAAGCAAAAAC